CACAGACACUCCCACACAGACACUCCCACACAGACACUCCCACACAGACUCUCCCACACAGACACUCCCACACAGACACUCCCACACAGACUCUCCCACACAGACACUCCAACACAGACACUCCCACACAGACACUCCCACACAGACACUCCCACACUGACUCUCCGAAACUGACUCUCCCACACAGACACUCCAACACAGACACUUCAACACAGACACUUCCACACAGACACUCCGACACAGACUCUCCGACACACACUCCCACGCAGACAAGUGCAUUAACACAAGCAGACACUCUCACACUACACACUACCACCACUACAUAUUCCUGUACAGAGUGAGUUUUAAACAGUUUGACUUUCUUAUUUUCUGCCCGUUCUCUCAUUCUCUCUCCCACUCUCUCUUCUCUCUCUUCCAUCUCUCUUCUCUCACUUCCAUCUCUCUUCUCCCUCUCUACAUCUUGCUCCCUCUCCUCCUCCUCUCCUCCCCCUCUCCUCUCCUCUCCCUCCCCCUCUCCCUCUCCGUUCUCCAGACCAUAACAGACACCAGCCCCAUGCGUCGGUCCACCUCCUCUCUGGUCCACGGGCGUUCUGGCAGGGAGAGGGGGGUGAGGCUGGAUGACUACAGCCUGGAGAGGGUAGAAGGAGAGGGGAGGCAUGGUGGGGGAGCAGGAGGGGGACAACGCAGGGACAGGAGGGAUAGGAGCCACCGCACCUCUCAGAGGUCCCUGACCAGAUAUACAGACGCAGACACAGGGUUGGGCACAGACCUGAGCACCACCACCCAGUCUGGAGAACUCCCCCCCAAAGAGCGUGAACGUGAACGCGGUCGAGCCAAAGACCGCAGGCACCACCAUCAUCACCACCACCACGGUGGCUCCAUGGAGAAGGAGGGGCGCUUCGGGCCAGACAGACACGGGCCAGAGUUCACCCACAGACACCCCCACGACCAGGGGGACAGACACUGGUCCCGCUCUCCUAGUGAGGGGCCCGACGGACGGGGCCACAGACAGGGCAGUAGCUCGGUGAGCGGCAGCCCCGUUCCCUCCACGUCCGGUACCUCCACCCCCCGCCGUGGGCGCCGCCAGCUGCCCCAGACCCCCGCCGUGCCACGCCCCCACGUCACCUACUCCCCAGCCAUACGACACCCCAAGCCCACCUACGGAGCAGGUCCCCCUGGACGACUCCGCUCCCCCUCCCCCCGACACUUCUCCCCCCCGGAGCACGACGGAGGGGGGUAUCACCGUCCGCCAUCGCGUCACGUUUCCCCGCUUGAGCACGGAGGGUCGAGGCACGGGUCUCCGAGAUCGGCCCGGCACCAGUCGGGGUCUCGUUCACCUCCGCCCCACCAUGGGUCACCCCGGUCCCCCCGCCACGGGCGCUGGAGCGGUCCCCCUCCCGGGGAUAGUCUGGAGAGCGAGGGCGGCCCAUUCUAUGAGCGUGACUGCGAGUACGAGCGCCAGCAUGAGCCGCCCGCCUACGAGCAGAGCCUCAGCAACCCACAUCCCCACGGCAACCCCCACCCGCACGGCAACCCGCACCCACGCUCCCCCAGGACUGCCCGGCACGGGGGCGGCGUGGGCCCACCACCUCCACUUGCUCCCCCUCACCCCCGACGAGUCCCAAAUGGUUACCGCUCGUCUUCGCCCUCCCCGCACCGGCGAGGGCCCCCACAUCAACACCCCCAUCCAGGGGGACCACCCCACCGGUCCCCCCCUCAUCACCGGGUCCCCCAUGGAGGCCCCAGAGGCCCCCGGAAGGGCCUGCACGAACCCUACAGCGAGACGGACGAGGACGACUGGUGCUAGCACAGCGAAGGAACAGAAGAACGAGGGAGGAGAGGAAGAGAGGAAAAGGAGGGAGGAGAGGAGUCUCUCCGUCUCCCCCGUCCUCUGUUCUUCGUUAUGCAGACUUGAAUGAAGGGUAAAGGGAUGCAGAAAGGGGUGAGGAAAGGAAAGGAGGAGAGGAGAAUUUGGGAGAAGUCUCUCCAUCCCUCUACCUCCACCCCUGAGACUCAGACUUGGAUGGAAUGAUGAAGGAUGGAGGGAUGGUUAGAGGAGAGGAGGCACACUGUGUGAGUGUGUGAGACUCUAAACUCAGAGCAAACAUGACAAAGAGAGACAGCUAUAAGGCAGAACUACGCACCUCUCCUCUUCUCCUCUGUCUCAACUACCAUACCCAGAGUUCUCAGCGUGCCCAGGGGGGAGUGGACCGAGGGAUGGUGGAGAGGUGGAGAGGGAAGAAAGAACAAAAGAAUGAAAGGAAGGGAGGAGCAUGUGUAUUAAGUUACAAGUGGCCAAUGAAUAGUAAAUAUAAGCUCAUCUCCCAGACUGUUUAGGAGAUAGGUGGGUUAGUUAAGUUAAGCUAAACCUGGGUGCUCUUGCUGUUCUGUCAUUCUAUUCUACUAGCCUGAUAAGUGUUAGGAGCUAACAGCUAAACGCUAGCUAGCUAACACUGCUCUUGGUCUAACCUAGACGGACAUGUUUAAAAGAAAAAACAAGGAAAACCCAUGCCAGGACCCCCUAUCCUUAUACACGCCAAGCUAUGCCUCCAGAAAAAUCUAACUUGAAGACUAAAGAACAGAAAACAAAAACAAACUUUGAAAAAAAAGAGGAGAAAAAAAGGGAGAACAACCACUUUAACUUAAACUUUCCUUAAAGGGACUGGACUAGAACCAGGAAGCUCCGCCUCUACUGCAAAAACCAGCCAAUGACAGAGCUGGCUGAUAUUUGAUGAGUUUUAUCAUCUCCUGUUUACUGUUACAGACUCACGAAAUGCUGACGACGGACCUGGUGUGACCUCACUUCCUGUGGGUGGGGCCUAGUGUGACAUCACGUCCUGUUCCGGUGGGUGGGGCCACAGGGGAGGGGCUGGGGGCAGAGUCAUGGACCCUUAGGGGGCGUAGUUUGUUUGCCCCCACUAUCUUCUCUCCCCCCUUCCUCUCUCCUCCAUCCUGCCGAAAAAGAAAGGACAGGAAAGGAAAAUGAUGGGAGGAGGAGCGGAAAGAAAGAAGGGAGGGAAAAGACGAUUUCUUCAGUAUUUCUUCUAUCGAUUACUUCUUCUUCUUCUAAUUCUUCUUCUUGGACAUUGGAGCUUGGUUCUUCUGUUGCAUUCGCUCAAGCCUCUGUUAAUCCGUUAUGAUGCAUGAAGGAAUUUAACAACAACAAAAAUACCUAGAGAGAAAAUCUACUGUUGGGGAUAUGGGGGCAUAUUGGGUUUAUCGAACAUUUACAUUUUAGGUUUUGAUUGAAGAAGUUCUCUUUUUCUGACUCUCUCUCUCUCUCUCUCUCUCUCUCUCUCUCUCUCUCUCUCUCUCUCUGACUCUGUCUAUCAUCAUGCGUUUGUUUAUUGGGUAAAUAUUUGUUCUAUAUCACCCUAAGGAUCCGAUGGACAACCUUUUUUAAGUUUGAUUUCCGCCCAAUAGGGUUUUAAAGCUACCAUUUUCUUAUCUUGAAAGUACUCCUAAGUUCCUGAGAUACUCCUAAAUUUUACUAAGAUAUUCCUGUUGUACUAAGAUAUUCCUAAAUUGUUUUGAGGAAUAAGUAAGAAUUGAGAGAGCUGUGAGGAGAGAGAGAGAACUUCAACCUCUUUAAAUAAGUGAUUUGUAUUGUUAAUAAUGACGAUGGUCCUAUAAAUACUGAUAUCAAUGUCAAUGCAAAACGAUGAAUGAUGAUAGUUGUUUGCCGUAGAUCUGUUGUCAUGUUUUUUGGAGUUUCAAUCUGCUGUGUCAUCUA